AAGCAGACCAGCAGCAGUGUUGCUGACAGCAACGUGACUUUCAGCGAGCAUAAAAAGAGCGCGAAUCACAUGCCACACGAAAUUUAAUUAAGAUUUUUACGAAGGAUCUCAGUCAUUCCAUACCCCAACCACAAGCGAUAGCAGGCUCAAGAGAAAAAAACCACCAAUAUAAAGUUUUGGUGCGAAAAUUCUUACAGUACAAACAUGUAAAUGCAAACUACUCAGUGGCAAGUGAGGGAAACAAAAUCAAAAUCUCAGAGGUCAACAGUUACUACCUACACACAAAAUGCUCAUCUAGUCACAACAGCCGAGAGCAGGAACUAGUUUCCUGUUUCACUGCUUGCCAAAUAAAGGCUGUGCCAGUGAGACAGCUACAAAUACGCUAACUCGCACGCUCACUAGCUUUUCGUUUAGAAAAAUAUUAUAAAUAAGUGCGCAGUGUACUUUAUUUGUAAAUAAAUAGAAGCAAUUUUAGUUCUUGCUGGUUGAGCGCUAAAACGGCAGCCAUUCAAAAUGACAAAGAAGUACGAAUUUGAUUGGAUUAUUCCCGUGCCGGAGGAACUAACCACCGGUUGCGUUUUCGAUCGCUGGUUUGAGAAUGAAAAGGAAACCAAGGAAAAUGACUUUGAAAAGGAUGCUUUGUUCAAAGUUGAUGAAUAUGGAUUCUUUUUGUAUUGGAAGAGCGAUGGAAGGGAAGGAGACGUCAUCGAGUUGUGUCAAGUAAGCGAUAUAAGAGCGGGCGGUGUUCCGAAGGAUCCUAAAAUUCUCGAUAAAGUGACAAAAAAGAAUGGCACCGAUAUGGUGGCAUUGGACAAACGUUCACUGACAAUAUGUUCGAAUACAGAUUAUAUAAAUAUAACAUAUCACCAUGUUAUUUGUCCGGAUGCGGCUGCGGCAAAGAUCUGGUUAGAUGGCAUACGAAAAAUCACACAUAAUGUUAAAGCGAAUAAUAUUUGUCCAAUGAUGUGUUUAAAAAAACAUUGGAUGCGCUUAUGUUUCUCCGUGGAGAAGGGUGGCAAGAUACCUAUAAAAGUGGUGGCGAAAACUUUUGCUUCUGGCAAAACAGAAAAACUUGUGUAUCAAUGUUUUAAGGAUGUCGGACUACCGGACGAUAAAAGCGCAACCAUGACCAAAGAAGAAUUCACAUUCGACAAAUUCUAUGCGCUGUACCACAAAGUGUGCCCACGCAAUGACAUCGAGGAGCUGUUCACUUCCAUUACCAAGGGUAAGUCGGAAGUAAUUUCGAUGGCACAGUUCGUGCAGUUCAUGAAUGAAAAGCAACGUGAUCCACGUAUGAAUGAAAUUUUAUAUCCACUCUAUGAUGAAAAACGUUGCACGGAGAUUAUCAACGAUUACGAAUUGGAUGAGGAGAAGAAGAAGGCUGGUCAAAUGUCUAUGGAUGGCUUUAAGCGGUAUCUCAUGUCCGAUGAGAAUGCGCCGGUAUUUUUGGAUCGUUUGGAAAUGUAUAUGGAAAUGGAUCAUCCACUGGCUCACUACUAUAUCAACAGCUCACAUAAUACUUAUCUGUCGGGUCGUCAGAUUGGUGGUAAAAGUUCAGUGGAGAUGUAUCGACAGACACUAUUGGCUGGUUGUAGAUGCGUCGAAUUGGACUGCUGGAAUGGCAAGGGUGAAGAUGAAGAGCCCAUCGUUACUCACGGCCACGCGUACUGUACUGAAAUUUUGUUCAAAGAUUGCAUUCAAGCCAUCGCCGAUUGUGCAUUUGUCUCUUCCGAGUAUCCUGUCAUACUAUCCUUCGAGAACCACUGCAAUCGUGCGCAGCAAUAUAAAUUAGCUAAAUACUGUGAUGACUUCUUUGGUGAAUUAUUACUAAAGGAACCGUUGCCCGAACAUCCGCUCGAGCCCGGUUUGCCACUCCCACCGCCUUCAAAGCUAAAACGCAAAAUUAUGAUCAAGAACAAGCGUAUGAAGCCGGAAGUCGAAAAAGUCGAAUUGGAGCUUUGGUUAAAGGGUGAAUUGAAGACGGAUGACGAUCCGGAGGAAGAUGCGAGCGCCAAGCCCCCUGAGGGCGCACCACCACCAGAGGCUGCUGCUGCACCGCCGCCGGGCGAACCAGGCGCUGAUGGUGCGCCACCCGAGGGGGAAGCGGCAGCAGUCAAUUACAGCGGCUCAACGACGAAUGUACACCCCUGGCUGUCAUCAAUGGUCAACUAUGCGCAGCCAAUAAAAUUCCAAGGCUUCGAUAAGGCUAUUGAGAAGAAUAUCGCUCACAACAUGUCGUCGUUCGCUGAGGCGGCCGGCAUGAAUUAUCUAAAACAGAGCUCUAUCGACUUUGUCAAUUACAACAAACGUCAAAUGUCGCGCAUCUACCCGAAGGGCACACGCGCCGACUCUUCCAACUAUAUGCCGCAGGUGUUCUGGAACGCUGGCUGCCAGAUGGUCUCGCUCAAUUUUCAAACCUCCGAUCUACCCAUGCAAUUGAAUCAGGGUAAAUUCGAAUAUAAUGGUGGCUGUGGCUACCUGCUCAAGCCGGAUUUCAUGCGUCGCUCAGAUAAGGAUUUCGAUCCAUUUGCCGAUGCGCCUGUAGACGGUGUGAUUGCUGCGCAGUGCUCGGUGAAAAUUAUUGCCGGCCAGUUCUUGUCGGACAAAAAGGUCGGCACCUACGUCGAGGUGGAUAUGUUCGGUCUACCCUCGGACACAGUGAAGAAGGAAUUCCGUACACGUUUGGUGCCUAAUAACGGUUUGAAUCCAGUAUACAAUGAGGAUCCGUUCGUCUUUCGUAAAGUGGUGCUGCCCGAUUUGGCUGUGUUGCGCUUCGGCGUCUAUGAAGAGAGUGGAAAAAUGAUCGGACAACGCAUAUUGCCAUUGGACGGUCUGCAGGCGGGCUAUCGGCACGUUUCGCUACGUACCGAAGCGAAUUUCCCAAUGUCGUUGCCUAUGCUUUUCGUCAACAUCGAAUUGAAGAUUUAUGUACCUGAUGGCUUUGAGGACUUCAUGGCCAUGUUGUCGGAUCCGAAAGGAUUUGCGGGCGCUGCAGCGAAACAAAACGAACAAAUGAAAGCGUUGGGCAUUGAAGAACAGAGCGGCGGUGCGGCACGUGAUGCCGGCAAGGCUAAGGAAGAGGAAAAGAAAGAACCACCAUUGGUAUUCGAGCCAGUGACGUUAGAAUCGCUGCGCGGUGAAAAGGGCUUCCAAAAGGUGGGCAAGAAGCAAAACAAGGAAUUGGAUACGCUGAAAAAGAAGCAUACCAAAGAGCGCAUGACCAUGCAGAAGAAUCAGAAUGCAGCUAUCGAUCGGCUAAUCAAGGGCAAAAGCAAAGAUGAAAUACGCAAUGAUACGACGAUCAAGAAUGCAAUUACUGAACAGACUCAGCAAUGGACGGAGAUGAUUGCCAAACACAAGAAAGAGGAAUGGGACAUGCUGCGUCAGCAUGUACAGGACUCUCAAGAAGCAAUGAAGGCAUUGAUGCUGACAGUGCAGGCGCAACAGGUUAAGCAGCUGGAGGAGCGACAUGCACGUGAUAUUAAAGACUUGAAUGCUAAACAAGCUAAAACCUCUGCUGACACCGCCAAAGAGGUACAAAAUGAUAAAACGCUUAAGACGAAGAAUGAAAAGGAUCGCCGACUGCGUGAGAAGCGACAGAACAAUAUUAAGCGUUUCAUGGAGGAGAAGAAGCAAAUCGGUGUAAAACAGGGACGUGCUAUGGAAAAACUAAAACUGGCACACACCAAACAGGUGGAGGAAUUUAGUACUGAUGUGCAAAAGCUGCUCGACAUGUACAAAAUGGAGGAGGAGGCCUAUAAAAUACAAGGCAAGUCAGAAUUCUAUGCCUAG